AUGAACCCAAAUGAAGCCCUUCAACUCUUUUGUCAGAAAGCAUUUGGAGGAAGUGAGCCUCAGGAGGAUUUGUUGGAGCUGUCUAAAAUUGUUUGUGAUUAUGUAGGAGGCCUUCCUUUAGCUCUCUCUGUUUUGGGCUCCUUUUUCUGUGGAAGAAGUACUGUGCAAUGGGAAGAUGCUUUGGAUAUGUUGAGGAAAGAUGCUUUGGGAAUGUUGAAGAAAGAUCCCGAUAAAGAUAUUUUUGGGAUACUUAAAAUAAGUUUUGAUGCAUUAUCUGAUACAAUACAAGCAAUAUUUUUAGAUAUUGCUUGCUUCUUCAAUGGAAAAGUCUAUGCUAAAGAACUAUGGCGAUAUUUUAGUGAUGCAUAA